AGGAUUCCGACCUGUCCCGUGAAGAGUCCACAGCCCCUGAAGGAAUUCGUGGGACGCUGCCAGACGAUGCCAUCGCGAGUGAAGAAGUCCUUCUGCGGUUGCCUCCAGGAUGACGAGCCGCCGGAAAUCACGUAUUGCGUUGUGGAGCACACGGGCACGCUCACGCUUCAAGCGAUGACGCCGACCCUGCCGAUGCCAGCCGAGGAGGAGCUGAACAAGAUGUUCCUCGAAUUGGUCGACGAGCUGGACCUGACCCAGGCCAACCGUCAGGCGGUUCUGGCGCUUCCGGCGAACAAAAAGUGGCAGAUAUACUGCUCCAGAAAAGGGAACGGGACGCUGGAGAAUGGCGGACUGAGAACCACCGAUCUGAGCGGCGAUCCUGAGGAUUAUAUCAAUAGGCUGAAAACGAUAGCGAGCAGUCCGUUUCCUGAGGAAGGCGAAGAGGUGUCGAACCAAAUGCGUCAGGUGGAGGCCCUGAAGACCGCCCUGAGGACGCAGCCCCACAGUUUUGUCCUCAGGUUCAUAGAACUCGACGGGUUGAACGCUCUGUUGCAAGUUCUCGGGACCAUGGACGCGGAAGCAGCGAACAGUAAUCUGCACACGAGCGUGAUAGGAUGCUUGAAGGCAUUGAUGAACAACUCGAACGGAAGGGCGCACGUUCUGGCGCAUCCGACCGCGAUCAACACGAUAUCCCAGUCGCUGGCGACUGAGAACAUUAAGACAAAAAUCUCCGUUCUGGAGAUCCUGGGCGCGGUUUGCUUGGUCCCCGGUGGUCAUCGAAAGGUUCUGGAGGCGAUGUUACACUUCCAGCAGUAUCAUUCCGAACGGACGCGUUUCCAAAGUAUCAUAAACGAUCUGGAUAAGAACUUCGGUAUCUACAAGGACAAUUUGUCCCUGAAGACGGCGAUCAUGUCGUUCAUCAACGCCGUGCUGAAUUAUGGGCCCGGUCAGGUUACUCUGGAGUUCAGGUUGCACCUUAGAUACGAGCUGCUGAUGCUUGGCAUCCAACCGAUUAUCGAGAAACUUCGGAAAUAUGAAAACGAGACGCUGGACAGGCAUUUGGACUUCUUCGAGAUGGUCAGGAACGAAGACGAGAAAGAACUGGCGAGGAAGUUCGAGAAGGAACAUGUGGACACGAAGAGUGCCACGGCGAUGUUCGAUCUGUUGAGGAGGAAGCUGAGUCAUACUGCUGCCUAUCCUCAUUUGCUAAGCCUGCUGGAACAUUGUCUUCUGUUGCCACUCGAUUACGGUUCCCAUCCCCAGCACUGGCUCCUCUUCGACCGGAUCGUCCAACAAAUAGUCCUUCAGUCCGAAGGUAACGAGACGGGUACUAUUAGGAAUCCUGAUGUGGCCCCCAUCGAGAUCAACGUGAAGGAAAUCGUUCACUUGCUCGCUAAGGAAGAGGAACUGGUCGCUGCCAGGAAAAAGGCCGAGGAGUUGGAGCGGGAGAACUCGGACAUGUCGACAAGAUUGGCCAAGAAGGAACAAGAGUUGGACCUGAGGACACAGGAGAAAGAAGACAUGGAGGCCAGCCUGGCAAGGGUGAAGGAACGUCUAGAGAAGGAGACUUCGAUGCACAUAGAGACCAAACAGAGAAUUUCCGAAUUGCAAGAUAACAUGGAGGCGCUCUCGCGGCAGAUAAACAACGAGAAAUCCGAGAGAAAGCGGUUGGAACAGUUGGUCGCUUCCGGUAGUCUACCGGAUGAUGCGAAAGCGACGAUCAAGCUCGUCGAGGACGAGGUCCUCGAGAAGGUCGAGGCGAAACCUAUGCCACCGCCGCCUCCACCACCACCUCUUGCUCCGCCACCACCUCCUUGCUUGAUGCCUGCUGCACCUCCUCCAAUGAAAGUGGAGAUUAUCAAGAACGUUCCUCAGCCAAGCAACCCCCUAAAGUCAUUCAAUUGGUCGAAGAUCCCUGAGCAAAAGUUGCAGGGUACGAUAUGGUCGGAACUCGACGACACGAAGUUGUACAACGUCAUGGAUCUAGAGUCGAUCGACAAGAUCUUCUGCGCUUAUCAAAAGAACGGCGUGUCCGCGGAAGGCUCGAUCGAGGAUCUAAGGACUCUGGGGAAGAACAAAAAAACAAUGUCGGUGAUCGAUUCCAGAAGAGCCCAGAACUGCACGAUAUUGCUGUCGAAACUGAAAAUGUCCGAUAACGAAAUCACGAGAACGAUCCUGUCGAUGGACCAACAGAAUAUUCUACAUAUAGACAUGGUCGAGCAAUUGUUGAAAUAUAUUCCCUCGUCGGAGGAGGCGGCCCUCCUGGAUAUGCAUCAGAAAGAUCUACAGAGCAGGGCCGAUUGUUUCUUGUACCAAAUAUCCAAAGUACCGCACUACGAACAAAGGCUGCGAUCCCUCCACUACAAGAAGAAAUUCGCGGCCAGCAUCGCGGAAUUGACGCCAAGAAUGCGCGCGGUUCUCGAAGCUAGUCGUCAGGUCGCUAGAUCGCGACGACUAAGGAAACUCCUGGAAUUGGUGUUAGCUCUAGGAAAUUACGUAAAUCGCGGAAACGCUCGGGGCAACGCUUGCGGCUUCCGUUUAGCUUCGUUGAACCGUCUAGUCGACACGAAGUCCUCCUGUUCGAAAGGCACCACUUUGUUGCACUAUUUGGUCCAGAUCUUGGAAUCUAGAUUCAGGGAGGUGCUGGAUAUCGAGGAGGACAUGCCACACGUUCGAACCGCGGCUAGGGUCAGCAUGGCUGACCUGCAAAAGGAAGUGGCCAACUUGAAAAAUGGCCUUCAGGAUGUUCAGAGAGAAAUAGAAUUCCAUCGUGGACAAUCUCAGGUACUCCAGGGCGAUAUGUUCCUGCCUGCAAUGAGGGAUUUCCAAGCACAAGCAACAUGUAGGCUGGCCGAGGCCGAAGAUCUGUUCCAAGACAUGAAAACGAGGUUCGAUCGAGCUGUUAGGUUGUUCGGCGAGGAUUCAGCAGGCGUGCAACCGGAUGAAUUCUUCGGAAUCUUUGAGAACUUCCUUCAAGCGUUAGCCGAAGCAAGGCAGGACGUGGAAAAUAUGAGGAAGAAGAUAGAAGAAGAAGAACGUAGAGCGAAACAGGAACAAGAGCUACGAAAACGAACGAUGGAAAGGAAGAAUUCCCGCGAGGGGAUACUAAACAGCAUUUCGUUGAGCAAGAAAAACGAGGCGAACAGUAACGGUCAAAGCGACAACAAGGGUGAAUUCGAUGACCUAAUAUCCGCCCUUCGUACCGGAGACGUUUUUGGGGAGGAUAUCGCAAAGUUCAAACGAUCGAAACGCCGCCCGGUGACGCCGAGUGGUCAGGAGUCGCGCAGGCACAGUGCGCACAGGGAGGACUCCAGGGAGCGACAUUGAAAUCUCCACUGGGCCAGUGACUUCAAUGCCGUGACCAGCUACACAGGCGAGCACGUUGCGCUCGCUCGCGCGUGAUUGCCGCUCUUUCGAGCGGUAAGA